GUGUAUUUACAGAGAAUGGAGACAGGGUCCCAGGAGAUGCGUGCACACCCAUGCUCACAGUGGCAUUGUCCUGUCACCACCAAAGAGAGGAAGCAACCCAGUGACCAUCCGUGGAGAGAAACGGUGCUGUCCUCACAGAAGCUGUUACUGGGAGUGGCCCCAGGUGUAAAGGAGAUUGUUAACAAGCACAAGCCCUGGCUGGAGCCCACCUACCACGGGAUUGUGACCGAGAACGACAACACAGUGCUGCUGGAUCCGCCCCUGAUCGCGCUGGACAAGGACGCGCCGCUGCGCUUUGCAGAGAGUUUUGAGGUGACAGUCACCAAAGAAGGUGAGAUUUGUGGCUUUAAAAUUCAUGGGCAGAAUGUCCCCUUUGACGCAGUGGUAGUGGAUAAGUCCACUGGCGAGGGGAUAAUCCGCUCCAAGGAGAAGCUGGACUGCGAGCUGCAGAAAGACUACACAUUCACCAUCCAGGCCUAUGACUGCGGGAAGGGCCCUGAUGGUGCUGGCGUGAAGAAGUCUCAUAAAGCAACUGUCCACAUCCAGGUGAACGAUGUGAACGAGUAUGCGCCUGUGUUCAAGGAGAAGUCCUACAAGGCGACGGCCACUGAGGGCAAGCAGCAUGACAGCAUCCUGAGGGUGGAGGCCGUGGAUGCAGACUGCUCCCCGCAGUUCAGCCAGAUCUGCAGCUACGAGAUUGUCACUCCCAACGUGCCCUUCGCCGUGGACAAAGAUGGUUACAUAAGGAAUACAGAGAAGCUGAGCUACGGGAAGGAGCAGCAGUAUAAGCUGAGCGUCACGGCCUACGACUGCGGCAAGAAGAGGGCCGCAGAAGACGUCCUGGUGAAGAUCAGCAUUAAGCCCACCUGCACCCCUGGGUGGCAAGGCUGGAGCAACAGGGUUGAGUACGAGCCUGGCACCGGAGCUCUUGCUGUCUUCCCAAACAUCCACCUGGAGACAUGUGAUGAGCCAGUGGCAUUGGUGCAGGCCACGGUUGAGCUGGAGACCAGCCACAUUGGGAAAGGUUGUGACCGAGACACCUACUCUGAGAAGUCCCUCCACAGGCUCUGUGGGGCUGCUGCGGGCACUGCCGAGCUGCUUCCUUCCCCCAGCAGCUCCUUGAACUGGACCAUUGGCCUCCCCACUGAUAAUGGCCACGACAGUGACCAGGUCUUUGAGUUCAAUGGCACCCAGGCAGUAAGGAUCCCUGAUGGUGUGGUUUCCAUCAACCCGAAGGAGCCCUUCACCAUCUCCGUGUGGAUGAGGCACGGGCCUUUCGGCAGGAAGAAGGAGACAAUUCUCUGCAGCUCGGACAAGACAGAUAUGAACCGGCAUCAUUACUCGCUGUACGUCCAUGGGUGCAGGCUGAUCUUCCUCCUCCGUCAGGAUCCUUCCGAGGAGAAGCGGUACAGGCCUGCAGAAUUCCACUGGAAACUGAAUCAGGUCUGUGAUGCGGAAUGGCACCACUUUGUCCUCAAUGUGGAGCUCCCAAGCGCGACCCUGUAUGUGGACGGCGUUCCCCACGAGCCCUUCUCGGUGACCGAGGACUACCCACUCCACCCGUCCAAGAUAGACACCCAGCUCGUGGUUGGGGCUUGCUGGCAAGAGUAUUCAGGAGUUGAAAGUGACAAUGACACUGAGCCUGUGACUGUGGCCUCCGCAGGUGGUGACCUGCACAUGGCCCAGUUUUUCAGAGGGAACCUGGCUGGCCUAACAGUCCGCUCUGGGAAACUCACGGACAAGAAGGUGAUCGACUGUCUGUACACCUGCAAAGAGGGGCUGGGCCUGCAGGGCCCUGAAGACAGCGGGGGUGUGCAGAUCCGAGCAGGCCCCAGCCAGUCGGUGCUGACCCUGGAGGGCGACGACAUUGGGGAGCUGGACAGGGCCAUGCAGCACCUGUCCUACCUGAACUCCAGGCAGUUCCCCACGCCAGGCAUCCGGAGGCUCCGAGUCACCAGCACAGCCAAGUGCUUUAAUGAGGCCGCCACAUGCAUCGAGAUCCCUGUGGUCGAGGGCUAUGUAAUGGUUUUACAACCCGAGGAGCCCAAGAUCAGCCUGAGCGGCAUCCACCACUUUGCCCGCGCAGCCUCGGAGUUCGAAAGCCCUGAAGGGGUCUUCCUGUUCCCUGAGCUGCGGAUCAUCAGCACCAUCACUCGGGAGGUGGAGCCCGAGGGGGAUGGGGCCGAGGACCCCACAGUCCCCAUGGCUUCUGCAGUCCAAGAGUCCCUGGUGUCUGAGGAGGUGGUGCAUGACCUGGACACCUGCGAGGUCACUGUGGAGGGGGAGGAGCUGAACCCGGAGCAGGAGAGCCUGGAGGUGGAUGCUGUCCGGCUGCAGCAGAAGGGCAUUGAAGUGAGCCACUCGGACCUGGGAGUGGUCCUCAGAGGCGUGGACACCAUGGCCAGCUAUGAGGAGGUUUUGCAUCUCCUGCGCUAUCGGAACUGGCAUGCCAGCUCCCUGCUUGACCGGAAGUUCAAGCUCAUCUGCUCUGAACUGAAUGGUCGCUACCUGAGCAACGAGUUUAAGGUGGAGGUGAAUGUGAUCCACACGGCCAGCCCCGUGGAACACGCCAGCCACAUGGCUGCGCAGCCACAGUUUGUGCACCCUGAACACCGCUCCUUCGUGGACCUGUCGGGUCACAACCUGGCCAAUCCUCACCCGUUCGCAGUCGUCCCCAGCACAGCCACGGUGGUGAUCGUGGUGUGCGUCAGCUUCCUGGUCUUCAUGAUCAUCCUGGGGGUGUUCCGCAUCCGGGCUGCGCACCAGCGAACCAUGCGGGACCAGGACUCGGGGAAGGAGAAUGAGAUGGACUGGGACGACUCGGCCCUGACCAUCACCGUGAACCCCAUGGAGACGUAUGAGGACCAGCACAGCAGCGAGGAGGAGGAGGAGGAGGAAGAGGAGGAGGAGAGCGAAGAUGGGGAGGAGGAGGAGGACAUCACCAGUGCCGAGUCGGAGAGCAGCGAGGAGGAGGAGGGCGGCCCCGGCGACGGGCAGAACGCAACCCGGCAGCAGCAGCUGGAAUGGGACGAUUCCACGCUCAGCUACUGACCAGCGCCGCUCUGUCACCCCAGACUGCCGCCCUGGCCCCUCGGUCCUCAGUGUACAAAGUCCUUUGGCCAGCAGGUCUGCAGACCCAUCCCUGCCCGCUGCCCUCGCUUGGUGUUAGGACCGUAGCUUUGCCCUCGUCUGCCCUUGCCCGGCUGCUGCUUGGUAUCCAGGGCCACAAAUCCCCUGCUGCUUCUGCCAGCCAUGUUGGGGACCAUAUGUCUUCAUCCCCUGCCGGCCCACACCUCCAGAAAAACUGCAAUGACUGGACUGGUGACAAAGGGUAAAAAUCGCUCACUUCUACCCAGUAAUCAGUUUCUCUUUCUUUUUUUUUUUUUUUUUUUAAAGUUUUUAUUUUUUCCAAACUAGUGCAUGUAUAAAGUGGCAGAGUGGGGGUUAAUAUGUAGAUGAUCAAUGACUUUUUAAUAUUUUGUAAAUAAAUCCGGAUUCUCUGUGUCCUUCGUGCUAGUGUAGUCAGGACUGUAAAGUGAUGCUGAGUGCAGGGGGCUUGGAGACCUGGCUGCCGCUCAGGGACCCGGUCAGUCGGGUACCCUCCUUGGAGCAGAGGCCUGGCCUUUGCCUCCUCGGUGUUCGGCCCCACCCACACUCCUCUCUGCCCGCACCUCGAGGCCUGGACCGGCUUCCCAGGUGGUAGAGCGCACGGGACCCGCGGGAGCCUCAGCUGCUGUGCGGAACGUCCGCAGGCUGCAGGCUGCCUGCACCCACCGCCCUCCUCCCAAGCCACACCCAGAGCCCAGGGUCCUGCUGCUUCUCAGGGUGGAGGCCAACAUGGAGCAGGCAGUCUGACGGGAUCUGGGACCAUGCACGCUGUCUUCCUCCCCGCCCCAUCCCCCUCGAACCCGGGUGUGAACUGCUGCUGGUGUGGACCAUGGGUGCCAUGCUGUGCCGCGCGGCCGCCCUCCCCUAUCCUGUCCCGGCCACUGCUGUGUGGACAAUGGGCAGGUGUCCUGCAGAGGCCCUCUGCGUGCAUAGUGCUGGUGCCCCCUGGAUGUGUAUAUUGGUGCGAGGUCGGGAAAUGUACACACUACAAUAAAGCUCUGGUUCUAACUCUC